GCGCCGCUGAGUGUUGCUGGAGUGGGAACCCGGGUGUCUACCAGCAGCGUUCGCAAGAUGCCCAAGUGGAGUCUGCGGCGGAGGCCAGGCCGUACACUCGGACUCCUGCUGCUGCUGGUCUUGAGCUUCCUGGUGCUCCGCAGGUUGAACUGGAGCACUCUGGUUCCCCUAUGGCUCCAACGUCAGCGCCUGGGACUUCGAACAAAAGGCCCAGACUUCAUUCUGGAGGACUCCACCUUUCAGAUUCUGGGGGGAUCCAUACACUAUUUCCGUGUACCCAGGGAGUACUGGAGGGACCGCCUGCUCAAAUUGAAAGCCUGUGGCUUGAAUACCCUUACCACCUAUGUGCCAUGGAACCUCCAUGAGCCAGAAAGAGGCAAAUUCGACUUCUCCGGGAACCUGGACCUAGAGGCCUUUAUCCAGCUGGCUGCAAAGAUUGGGCUGUGGGUGAUUCUGCGACCAGGGCCCUACAUCUGUAGUGAGAUUGACCUCGGGGGCUUGCCCAGCUGGCUCCUCCAAGACCCUGACAUGAAGCUGAGGACAACCUACCACGGCUUCACUAAGGCAGUGGAUCUUUACUUUGACCACCUGAUGUCCAGGGUGGUGCCACUUCAGUAUAAGCAUGGGGGACCUAUCAUCGCGGUGCAAGUGGAGAAUGAAUACGGUUCCUAUAACAAAGACCGUGCAUACAUGCCUUACAUCAAGAAGGCUUUGGAAGACCGAGGCAUCGUUGAGAUGCUCCUGACCUCGGACAACAAAGAUGGCCUGGAAAAGGGAGUCGUCGAUGGAGGUUUGGGUAAUCCAGAAAUUCUUUGGGACUCCAAGACUAUGGUUUGUUUUUCCUUUUCCACUGCCUUCCUAGUGCUGGCCACCAUCAACUUACAGUCGAAACAGGAGCUGAUGGCACUAAACACUGUUCUCCUAUCUAUACAGGGAAUUCAACCCAAGAUGGUGAUGGAGUACUGGACAGGGUGGUUUGACUCGUGGGGUGGCUCCCACAAUAUCUUGGAUUCCGCUGAAGUCCUGCAAACAGUGUCUGCCAUCAUCAAAGACGGCUCCUCCAUCAACCUGUACAUGUUCCACGGAGGCACAAAUUUUGGCUUCAUAAAUGGAGCCAUGCAUUUUAAUGACUACAAGGCUGAUGUUACCAGCUAUGACUAUGAUGCGAUACUGACAGAGGCUGGAGACUACACUGCCAAAUACACCAAGCUUCGAGAACUCUUUGGAACCGUCUCAGGUAUUCCUCUACCUCCUCCACCUGAGCUUACUGCUAAGAUGGUCUAUGAGCCAAUAAGUCCAGCUCUCUACCUAUCACUGUGGGAUGCUAUCCAGUACAUGGAUAAGCCAGUCACAUCUGAGACACCCAUCAACAUGGAGAACCUGCCAGUAAACAAUGGUAAUGGGCAGGCCUUUGGGUAUGUUCUGUAUGAGACCACCAUCUUUUCAUCUGGUGUCCUCAGUGGCCUCGUGCGUGACAGAGGACAGGUCUUUUUGAAUAGAGUAUCCAUAGGAUUCCUGGACUAUAAAACAACAAAGAUCACUAUCCCCUUGACCCAGGGUUACACCAUACUGAGGAUCUUGGUGGAGAAUCGUGGGCGAGUCAACUAUGGAAAUAACAUUGACAGCCAGCGCAAAGGUUUAAUUGGAAAUCUCUAUCUAAAUAAUAAAGCUCUGAAAAACUUCAAAAUCUACAGCCUGGAUAUGACAAAGCAGUUCCUUCAGAGGUUCGACAUGGAUAACUGGAGUGUCAUACCCAAAGAACUGACCUUUCCUGCUUUCUUCCUGGGUGCCUUGUCAGUUGGCAUUUACCCUUCUGACACAUUUCUGAAGUUGGAGGGCUGGGUGAAGGGGGUUGUAUUCGUCAAUGGUCACAACCUUGGACGCUACUGGAAUGUAGGACCUCAGGAGACUCUCUACCUCCCAGGUGUCUGGCUGGACAAAGGAAUCAACAAGGUUAUCAUUUUCGAAGAGACAAUGUCAGGCUCCAUGGUCCAGUCUACUGAUAUCCCCCACCUGGGCAGGAACCAGUACAUUAACUGAACAGAAGGCCCAGCAGCCCCUGAUGUGGUUGGCAGCUUCCUUCCUCUCCUGCAGGAGAAUUCGUAACUAGCAACCUCAGGGAAUGAAGGGCAAUAGUCAACCUAGACUAUAAAAAUCCUAAGCCUGAGAGGACUGAAGAGAAGAUGGGAUAGCACUAUCUGGGAUACACUCACAGUGAGAUGUCUUCUCUUCUGGUUUUGUGGAUGGGCACGUUCUGUUCCUCUGAUCUUUCAGGGGAAGCUGUAGGGCCAUCUCUGAGGGUGGAGUAUGUAGUUAUAUCACCUUCGAAGAAGGUGCUGGGCCUGGGUGGGUACUGCCCUCUUCUGGAAGUGAAAGCCUCACUGACCAGCUUGCUGGUUCUAGGUAGGCUUUUUGAACAUUCCCAGCAGGGUAUAGCAACAUCUUAGACAGUCUCUUUGUGCUCCUGAACUUGUGGAUUUGUCAUUGUUUGUAGAGCAAAGAGAAAAGGGGAUCUAGCAUGAGUCAACUUUAUUUGUUGACUUUGCACCUGACUUUGUUCUGGGAAUCUGGAAGAAAUAACUCUUUUCCUUUUCACACUGUCUCUUCUUACAUGAAUCAGUUGGUAAACAGAGCCUAAGAGAAAAAGGUGUGUUCAGUACUUAUCUCCCAUAUUAAGAGGUUGGCAUUUCAGCAGAAACCACCUCACACCCAUGCUCUCAGGAAGAGAAUGGCAGAAGACCCAGCUAGGUAGUACUGGGUAGCUGCACCCCACUGCAGUUGGAUCUGGGGUUAACUACGGCCCACAGGUCUAGCACUGUCUUGUUUCUAGCUCAGUGAUUCUUUGAAUACUCUCCUUCCCCUUCCUGACCAAACCGCAGGGCAGAGGAAAGGCAGCAGGGAGGAGGAAAGGCCACAAUGCCUUAGUCCAGACUGAAGGUUCUUGUUCAAGGGAUCAAGUGCAAUGGUUUGGCUUGGGCUUGUCAUUCUAAAUUGCAAUACAUUUGAAGCAAACCUUCUUUGUGGAUGUCUCAAGCUUGUCUGUGCCACUCUCAGCCAUGGGAGGUGACCCUUAAGGAUCUAGAUACUGAUGGUGCCCAGCUGGCAAAUGGCACAAACCUCUGGCUUCUUACCACUUUUCCUGGUUUCAAUUCUUCUUGACGUGUCAUUGCAUUCAGAGCAGUCCAAUCUCAUGCUGGUAGUUAAGAAUAAGAACUUUCUAGAAAGCUAAACCAGAGCAUAUCAUUGAGCUAUAGGAGAUAGUUUUUCUUCAUAAAUUACAGCUGACAUGUACUGCUCCAAGUAAUAGUGCCCACACAGAAGCCCAGUGAAGAUGGGCUAGGCAAGAACAGGCAAACGGAGAGGCUUACAGACCGACAGGGUGGCUCCCUGAGUAAGGCCAACACUACUGUAGUCAGGACUACUACAGCCACUCAGCUAAGUGCCCAGCUAACUUACUUGUGAGUGGUCAUAGGGGCACAACCCAUGUCCCACUGGGUCUGAGAAAUUGAGGUUGUGUCUGUCUGUCUGUCUGUCUUUUUCUCUCUGUCUCUAAGAUGGGGUCAUAUUAUAAUAAUCCAGUCUGGCCUUGAUCUUUUGGUUCUCUUGCCUUAGCUUCCCAACUUCUGAGAUUACAGGCUUGUAGCAUCAUGCCCAACUCAAAGGAACCUUUUUUUAAAAAGCCUCU